CAAAGCGCUCUGCUUCGUCUUCGCGUGCUAACAUGUGUUUUGAUACAGUUUGAAUAAGUUUGUAAAAGGACACACACAUACAAGCAGAGCGGAGGAGGUCGCUGGAGACGCGUCUGCGGAGGAGCUCACUCUGGGGGGUGUGACCGCUCUAUCUCUCUUUCUCUCACACUCACUCGCAUACUAGUCUGCAGAUGUUCGCAUGUUGCUCUCCAGCUCGACUCGGACUCUCUUUCCGUUUCUACUGCACACACACAGACACGCACACACAUCUGCUCGAGGACCUCUUGCAGACCCCGGGUGUGAGCUGUGUGUGUGUUUGAGCUGAGAUCUCCUCCAUGGGGGACCAAGAGUCUCCCAGCGGUGGCGGCGGCGGCGGCGGCGGGCCCGGAAUCGCGGCGCUCCUCCCGGGGAGGGACGUGGUCACGUCGCGGAAAGGACAGCUGCUCAUCGCCGAAGUGGUGCUGUCUUUCAUCAUUUUUGUAUGCUUCGUGGCGUCCGUAGCGGCCGCCUUCGUCACAGCGCCCCUCAUCGAGUUCCUCCUGGCGCUUUUCCUGCUCUUCGCCUACUCCACCAAGUUCAACGAGCGGUUCAAGGGCUUUCACUGGCCGUUGAUGGACUUCCUGCGUUGUGUCAGUGCCUCCAUCAUCUUCUUCAUCAUCUCCAUAAUCUCCGUCUCCAAGUACUCGGACGGGGCUUCCAAGGCUGGAGGAGUGUUUGGGUUCAUAGCGACCAUUGUUUUUGCGCUUGACUUCUACUUCAUCUUCAAUGACCUGGCCAACUUCCUCAAGGAAGGCGGGGGAACAGCCGAGGAGCCGCCAGCAGGCAACGACUCGGACUCGGACUCGGACUGAGCCGCGGCCCAAAGUGCUGAUUGGGGUGGUCCAAGCAGCUGGCCUAAAAAAUUGGUUUACACCACUGCUCCCGAAGGCUGAGAAAUCUGCCACAUAAAAAGAGUUUAAGAGCUUAAGGUUUCCCUGUUCUGUGUCACCAGUAUUUCUUUUGUUUCACUUGUUCCUCCUAAGCUGUGAAGAACACAGUAUUUUUGAGACUGUGCAGUGCUGGUGCUUAUACUGCACUUGUACGGUGUUUAAAGUUCAGUAUUGUCAUAUCUUGUUUAAUGUGGGGAAAAGGGGACACACGCAACAGGACACUAACAUUUAUUUUUAUAUUCUUUUUUAUAUUCUCAUUUGAAGAACAAUAAGGUGAAUAAUGAGCCUUUGUUGUGGAAAGUGCCAAAUAAUGGAGCAUUUGUUCCAGUUGUGUUCUUAAAAAUGACUGACUAACUUUAAAUGCAAUAUACCACAGAGGUCAGUAAGUUUAAAUGUUUAAGCAGAAGGUUUAAAAAUCUGGUUUGAUAUUUCAUUGGUGGCUACAGUGACCAGUGGCCACAGGGAUCACAUUUCCAGCUGGAUUUUGUUUUUCUUCACAAGAUGUGCCUCACAAUGCAGUUUCUCCACUUGGACCUUAAUGCUUCAUUGUGCUUAUAUGUGCUUGGAGAUUAACUUUGUUUUACGUUUCAAAAUUGCUUUUCCAAAAUAAAAGACUUUUUUUUUUUUUUUUAAAAAAAAAAGGGCCCUUCAAGCUUGUAGUGAGGAACCGUGUGAGCUGCGUGCAAUUCUAGAACAAAAAAGGUGGAACAUACUGGUGUGAACCCAAAAAAUGCUGAAAAUCAUAAAAAGCAUCACUGCAAAGGGCACCUGGUGCCUGGACAGCCCAGCCUGACUGUCUGUCAUGACAGGGAUGAAUAUUGCAGUAAAUAUCAAAGAAAAAUACAAUAUUUCAUUAAUAUGCUGAAGAUCACAAAAUCAGAACAGUUUAUUCUCAUUGUGGACACACUUACAUGGAAUUAUGCUAACACAAAAUGUCAAUAUAAUAUAGGUGAAUGGAGAGAAAAACACUCAAUGAACAACUGAAAUACACCCAGUAAGGAGGAGGAGGAAAAAAUAUAUAUUACAAUGAAAAUCCACUCUCAUAGUGAGACUGCAGAAAUGUUUCCUUGGACCUACAACAUUGUAUUAACUGUAACCGAGGCAGCAAUGUUUUCACAAGUACAAUUCAAAUAUAUUAAAAAUUGUGUUAAUUUACAUCUUUCAGUGGACUACAUAACUGUCCUCAUCAGGCAUGUUGCAUCACACACUCCUGGUACACAGAAAUAUUAUUUUCUGCUGCCUGGGAGACUCUGUCAUCAAAUUUGUCAUCCAUUGUCUGGAUGUACUGAGAAAAAGUUUUGACGUACAAAAUAGCCACGUUACACAUGUGACACAUUUUGACAGUAAGAAAAAUAUUCACUGAUUUAAAAAUAUAUUUAACAGACUCGAGGAAACUACACACAAUCACACUGGAUAAGAAACAGCACUUCCUUAUGGUUGCCAAGGUGACCUGUCAUAUUAGCCCCUCUACGUAUUACAGGUACAAUUUUCCUUGAACAAGGUAAUUCCAGGAAAAAUAUGUGACUGAAAAAUUACUUUUCAAAAACAUUCUUGGUGAAAAAUCAAUUGUUCUGAAAUGAUGAUUUUGGCUAAAAAAAUAAUGAAUUUGCACAAGUUCUCUGCUCCACUAGACGUGUUUGACGAAUUCCAGGUAUGAGAGUCAGUUCCGUGUUGUUUACAUAUGCACUGACAUAGAACAUGAACAGAACAGGCGUGCUGGCACAGCAGGUUCAGCUAGUGCUGGCCGCAUGGUAGGUCUGG